GUUAUGUUUGUCUCCCUUUGUAUAUCUAUUAUCUAUGUUUGUCUCUAUUUUCCAAGUUAGCAAUUAAAUUCAAAGAAUCGUCUGAUUUAAUUAUAUUUCAUGAAUAUAAUCAUAAUGUAAAAAUAGUCUAUUUUUAAAAAUGGUUGUGGGAGCUUUCCCAAUUGCAAAAUUAGGAGCUUUACUGCUCAAACAAGUAAGUAAGCCUAUAGCCAAUGCCUUGAAGAAUCAAGCCAAAAGUUCUCCAGUUUUUAGAAAAUAUGUGUGCUUGCCUCCAGCACAGUUCUACAACUGGUGUGAAAUAAAAGCGAAAAUGUGGAUAUUAAAUUUAGGAAAACCUGUUAAUAUCGCCGUCUUAAAUGAAGAAAUGGCAAUCGAACUGGGAGCUAAUUUACUAGGUGAAUCAAUUAUAUUCGUAAUUGCAGCAGUGGUGUUACUUAUGGAGUAUAAUAGGAGUGCCCGAAAAGAAGCAGCAAAAGAGGCGGCUAAAAUAAAGGAAAUAGAAAUUAUAAACACUAAUAUGCGAGAAUUGUUCAUGAAAACCGAAGAGCAGGGAGCUCAAAUAAAACAUCUUUUACGAGUUGUUACAGAACUAGAAUCUGGUGUUGUGAAAAAACCGUGGAUUCAAAAAAAGAAGCCUGAUGAAGAAAAUGAUAAAAGCAGUGUGCUUAGUUCCACCAAGAAUAACUUACCUGCAGGUUUCAUUCCCAUUCCUGUCCCAUCAUUAGAAGAAGCUGGAAUUCAUUCACCAAAAGUUGAAUCAUCUAUACCAUCUUUCAAAGGAUUAGCUCUUAAACCUUCUCUAGCAGCAGACAUUAAGCCCUUCUUCUUGAAAGACUUUUCAAUUGAGCAUCUUGAAAAUUUAAAAGAGAACAAUAUUGAGAAUCAAAAUACUUUAAAAUACCCAAAAAAUAAUAGCAAUACAGAAAACUCAAAGAAUGUUCCAGAAUUUUCCAGUUUCUUACUGCAGGUUGUUAGUAAUGUAGAAGAUGAUUUAUUUAGUAAGAAUGAGAAACAGAAAAGUGAUGGAAUUCUCUCAGAUGCUUUAAAUUACUUAUACAAAGAUGUUUAUAGAAUAUCCUUAUAAACAACGUAAUUAGGCGCAUAAAAAAUAGAAAAGAUAGAAAAUGUAUAUAUAUUAUUUAAAUGCAACUAGUUUAAGUUUUAAAAAGAACAA